CAUCCCUUCUUUUCGUAGAGGCGAAUUGAAGCUACUCUAAAAUCACUAACAAUACUUCAUAGCAGACUGUGGCGGUAUUAUAACCAAAACAUUUUCGUCACACGUGGUUUUAGAAAAUGAUGAUUACGUUAUCAUAUCGCCUUCUCUUUCUAUCGUCGAUCUCCGUACUAGGUAGUGCGUCGAUUAAGGGCUGUCUAGCAUGGCAGGAGAUCCGGCUGGCGGCGGCUAAGAUUCGUCGAGUAGAGCAAUCGUCACGAUUAUUUGCAACAAAAGAAUCGUCCCCAGUGGAUUCGUCGUUGCAGGGAGUCGAUAAGUUUGAAUCUUGGUUCUCGAAUGUUCCCGGAUCAGAAUGCAACCCGUACAUCAAGCAUACCAGUUUUGGAACUCUGCGGGGAUUGGGGACGCAGGACAAAGGCAUCGGUUCUAGUUCUGAAAGCUGGAUGACAAUCCCACGAUCAAUUGUCCUUGAAAGCGAUUUUAGCCAAAAAGAUUGGGACGCACAGCUAGCGCAAUCCUUGUGGAAAGAAGUAAUGAAGGAAUCGUCUGGUGGAAACUCGAGCAUCUCGGGGUAUGUUUCGUUGUUGACCAAGUCGUGGAGUUCCGAUCAAUUGCCAGAAACUCCGCCUUUUACUGCUCCAGAUGCAUUGAGACACUGGACGGAAGAAGAGAAAGCUGUCCUGUCGGCCCAUGCAGAAGGCCAAGCCUUGGUGGAUUUGCAAAAACAGCAAGAAAAGAUGUGGAAAGAUAAAUUCGACAGAAUCAAAACCAUGAGUGGCAUGACCUGGGAACAGUUUGAAUGGGCCAUGGAAGCCGUACACAGCCGCGCCUUUUGUGGAGACUUUGGAAUAGGGGGAGGGUCCUCGAUGCCAUUGCCUGUCGCGGUUGGUACUCCUGCACUAGCGGCGUUGGCUGGUUAUUUCUACUAUGUACAACUUCAUGGACAAAACGACAUCAUAUUGUUAGCUCUUGCAGCUAUAGGCGCAAUUCCUUCUGUGCUCAACCUUGUUAACAGCAGUCCACCGGUAGCUGUAUUGUUACCAUUAAUUGAUUCGGCAAAUCAUCGGGAAGAUGCAGAUUCGUCGAUUGAAUAUAGUCCCCUCACCGACUCGUUUGGUCUUACCGGAGGUUCCAAUUGUCUUGUAACGGAAGAUGACGGAAAACAGCAGCUUUAUAUUUCCUAUGGCAAGAAAUCUGACAAAGAGCUCCUUCUCAAUUAUGGGUUUUUGAAUGGGGUUGCCUUGAACAAUGAAGAUAAUGAUUCGACGAGACGCAAAACACUCGCAGAACAGUUCGUGGCAAAUCACUGAUAUUUUAAAAUAGGUUUCAACAGGAAAGAUUCUGAACAAUUAUGCAAAUGAUUCUUUUGAUUCUAUAUUAUUUAGUGGUAUGAUACUGGUUCAAUAUUGUAUUAAAACACUGUCUAAGUUAUUUGCUCCUCCCGGUGUACUGAAGCCCUAUUUUACAUACUCCCAGUUUUGAACCAUGAGCUUCGAUACACAUUGUAGGGCAUGACGUUGGAGCUCAACAUUCUCCGAUUCAAUCAAAGGCAUCACCAAUUCCUUAGCUCCAAGUCUCUUUGUAAUAGAUCUUCCAUUCGGGUAGAAGCGAACAAAUUCACCGAUAUCAUAGCAUGCAAUAGCGACAACUUCUUCGUCUUUACUCGAUAAAAGAGUGAUGAGAACCUUAAGAAGCCUGAAGUCGCCGUCUGGGCCUUCAAACAUCUUGGCGUUUUCCUUGAAGAAAGCUUCCGUGUGAGUGGAUCCCCAUUGCAAAUGACCGUUCUCGACUUCGUUCUUGUAGACUUCCCAGCGGCUCAUUUCCUUGUAAUUUGCUACCAGUAGCUUGUGAAUGUUGUCGAUAUCUUCCACAAUAUCGGGGUCGGUGAACUGCCUAUCUCGCAAAAGUGAGAUAGACUUCAUCAGUCCAUUACCAAUCAUCUCAGACAAGAAGAAUUUUCCUUCGUGUGGAGUUUGACCCGCAGGAUGCGCAUCGUCGGUAUCAACGCAGGUAGCCAAAUUGUUGAGUGCUGCGAGGGAAACACGAACAACCUUUUCACGAGGUGCAGCUGCAAUCAGCUCGCAAAGUGCUUUAACUGGGACUCCCUCCUUGGCAAAGUCAGCGCGAAUCUCCCAUGAAGAGUUCAAUUCGUACGACAAAAUCCACAUGCAGAAGCUGAGGGCGUAUAAUUGUUGAACGGAUCCCGAGCCAAAUUUCUGCUGACCAUCACUGGGGCUACCCGAUUUCGAGGCUGACAAAAGUUGACGGGACAUGUACUUAAUACCAGAAGCCUUGGCAAAAAUAAGACGAGAUUCAAGUGCUUCCAUCAAUACAACCAGGGCAGGAAUGCACAAUCCAACCAAACUUCCAGCUACAUUCUUCAGCUGACUAACAAUCCAUGCAAUCAAUGCUUCCAUGGGUUCCUUCGCGGAUAUGUAGGACACGGUUCGUCCUUUAGAAUCUGGACCCUUCGAAGGACACGAAGCGAUCAAAAUCUUUCCCAACGACAUAGAGGCAGACUUUUGGGCAAAAAUGUCACCCUUACCGCUCUUGUUGAGAAUACGCAAAAGUGCCUUCCACUGGUCUACUAAAAUACCAUCCUUUCCGACGUAAAAUACAGCAGCAACCGUAAC